UCUCUUGUCUACGUAAUGUGUCUAUUAAUAUAUAAAGCUUUCAGCUGAUCAGCAUUGUCGUUCUAAAGCUAGCUUGCUAGGCCAGGUUUGAUUAACGUAAAGUUGUCGAUCACAAAUUAAGAGAAAGAACAACGUACUAGGGCAGCUGGAACGAUGAGAUACAGUACUAGUUUAGUUUUGAUCAAACUGCUGGUAAUUCAAUACCUGACAGUCGAAGUUCUUUGCACUUCGCAGGACUUUGAUUUCUUCUACUUUGUUCAGCAGUGGCCAGGAGCAUACUGUGAUACAAAGUACAGCUGUUGUUACCCGAAGUCAGGGAAGCCUGCAGCAGAUUUCGGCAUUCACGGUCUCUGGCCGAACUACAAGGAUGGCUCUUACCCUUCAAACUGUGAUCCGGACAGUGUCUUCGAGAAAACUGAGAUCUCAGAGUUGAUGAGCAGUCUGGAAAAGCAUUGGCCGUCAAUGAGCUGCCCGAGUAGUAACGGGUACAGAUUCUGGUCACAUGAAUGGGAGAAGCAUGGCACUUGCUCCGAAUCUGAACUUGAUCAGAAAGAUUACUUCCAAGCCGGUCUCAAGCUCAAGGAGAAGGCAAACCUUCUUCGUGCCCUUGCAAAAGCUGGAAUAAAACCAAAUGAUAAACUAUACAGCUUAAAGAGCAUUGUGCAAGCAAUAAAAGAGGGUGUUGGGCAUACGCCAGGGAUUGAGUGCAACAAAGACUCUGCCGGUAACAGCCAACUUUACCAAGUUUACUUGUGUGUUGACACUUCUGGCCAGGAUAUUAUCGAGUGCCCAAUUCUUCCUAGAGGACGAUGCCCUUCCACUAUCCAGUUCCCUAAAUUUUAGUCGAUGGAUCUCUAGCUAUCAACUGUGCGUGGAUUCUAUUUAUCAUCGUCCCUCUUUUUAUUUCUUAUUUCAAAAUUUCAGGCUACAAAUUAAAGUCCCUGUUUAUGUAUCUAAAUGCUAUAGGCUAUUUAGCUUCCUUCUUGUUAAAAUUGUGGGUGAAUUGCGUUUUGGAUGUUUAAGUUUA